AUGGGAGUCAGUCAAUCGUUAGCAAAAUUAGCAUGGAGUACAACGUCAGAAACUCAUGAAGAUUUUUCAUCUAACGAAGCGGCAACAGCAAAUGACAAUAAUUUGGAGACGUUUUCACUCAUUUGGCUCGAUGCUGAUGUAAACAGUCGCAAGGAAAAUAUUAAUGGUCAACAGCGAAUUCGGUCGACAAUCAAUUAUGUGAAAACAUUCGAAAAGAGCACCAAAUAUGAAUCGUAUAUUCAAUCGAUACCUGAAGGAGAUCGAACAGUGCUCAUUGUCAGCGGUAGAUUAGGUAGAGAAGUUGUCCCACGUAUUCAUCAAAUUCAACAACUCUCCUCCAUUUACGUCUUCUGCUUUGAUACCAAGACCCACAGUGAAUGGGCCAGGAAAUUUCCAAAAGUCAAAGGUGUGUUCAAUGAGAUUGAUGAUAUCAUACUUCAAAUUCAACUCAAUCGUACUCAACGUACUAAUGCAAGAAUUGAAGAAUCAUUUGCAAGUGCAUUUCAGGGAAAAUCGUCAGCUGGAAUCGAUGGAAAUGUUGUUUACUCUCAAAUAAUGGUCAAUGUUCUUAUUCGCAUGAUAUCGUCGUCAACAGACAGAAACGAGUUGAUUUCUAUAUGUCGGAAACAAUACCAAGGCAACCAACACGAAUUGGCAAUUUUGCAUGAAUUCGAACAAAAUUAUUUAGCCGAUAAAGCCUUAUGGUGGUAUUCGAGAGAAUCAUUUCUCUAUCGAAUUUUAAACAAAGCUCUACGAGUGAGAAACAUUGAUUUACUUUAUUCUUUUCGAUUUUUUAUUCGUGAUUUACGUAUGCAACUCGAACAAAAUCAAUGGUCAUCACGCGUCAUUGUCUAUCGUGAUCAAUUUAUGUCGAAAGAUGAAAUAGAAUUCUUGAGAAGUUAA